AUGCCGAGCCCCGACUCUUCUUGUCAUGUCCACGAACCUCAUGUACUCCUGGCAAACGCGUUGGCCCUUCCGAAGAAAUUAUCGAUGGAGGGACGAGAGGAGCGGUCCUUGGCUUACUCGAUGCCAUCCUGCACAGGUAUCCCACGCUUCUCCGUUGAUGCGAACUGUGCGCUUUGGGCUUAUUGUCGCCAGCGAGACACCAACAGGCUAGCCCACUCGCUGGGCAUCCAAGGAUUUCACACAGUGCCUGCCCCCCAAGGCAACGUGAACGGGAUUGAUGACGCGCCCACACAGCUUUUUCGGGUAUUUUUCGAGCUUGUAGGAUUAGAGCGCAGGCCAUUACUCACAAACACUGCACCGGAGGCCGCCGUCGUGACAGUGCUUCAUUCGAGCGAGAAGACAGUGGAGGUGAGGGAUAUGACGGUAACACAAGGCCCACCAUCCUUCUGUUUCAUUGUUCUUUGUGCAGUUGUCGUUACUUAUCCAAUUAUAUUCAUAUUCGAGGACACGAUGAUGGGGUUAUGGAGAUAG